AUGUCGCGCACGGCCAUCUUUGCACUCUCGGCGCUCCUCGCCACCCUUGUUGCCCCCGCCCUCGGCAGCCCAGUCCCCGCGACGGGCUCGGAGAUGGCGAAGCGCGGCGACCACUCCGGCCAGGCCACGUACUUCGAGGUCGGUGAAGGCGCAUGCGGUUGGUACUCGCAAGACUCCGACUGGGUCGUUGCGCUCGACUCCGCUACGUACGCUGGCGGCGAGCACUGCGGCAAGACCAUCACCAUGACUGCCACGAAGGACGACGGCUCCACUGCCACUGGCACGGCGACUGUCGUCGACGAAUGCCCCUCUUGCGCCGAGGGCAGCGUCGGCAAGUAUUUUGUUGCGCAUACCCCCUUUGUUCUAACUUUGCCCAAAGACCUCUCGCCCAGCUUCUUCCAAAACUUCGAGUCCCUCGACAAGGGCGUCUUCCAGAUGUCCUGGAACUUCGACUAG